CUUACACACCUUUUUUUCAAGAGAGAAUUUUACCAGGAGCAGCAUCAAGUACCACACACACCAAAAAAACCUUUUCUUCAGCUUAGUUUUUUAAAAGAAUACUUUUAUUUUUUUAUUUUUGGAAUUUAAACAAUGGCAAAUUCUGGAUUGCAGCUUCUCGGCUUCACACUGGCCUUCUUUGGCUUCAUUGGGACGAUAGCGUCCACGGCCAUGGUGGAGUGGAAGGCUUCGUCCUACGCAGGAGACAACAUCAUCACGGCCCAGGCCAUGUACGAGGGGCUGUGGAAGACCUGCGUGUCGCAGAGCACCGGCCAGAUUCAGUGCAAAGUGUACGACUCACUCCUCCAGCUGCCAGGGAUCGUGCAGGGCGCACGAGGCCUGAUGUGCUCCUCCGUCCUGCUGUGCUUCAUUUCCAUUUUGGUGGCGGUGGUGGGGAUGAGGUGCACCACCUGCCUGGCCGAGGAGCCCGAGCAGAAGGACAAAGUGGCUCUGGCUGGAGGAGUCAUCUUCAUCAUCGCUGGCCUGCUCGCUCUGGUGGGAACAUCCUGGUACGGCCACAGGAUAGCUCGGGACUUCUACGACCCGUUUACCCCGACCAACUCCAGGUAUGAGUUUGGGACGGCGCUGUACGUGGGAUGGGGGGCGGCCUGCCUCAUCGUCAUAGGAGGCUGCUUCCUGUGCUGCAGCUCUCACACUAAAGGUGGAGGGAAGCAUCCGCGUUACCCCGCCUCCAGCUCCUCCGGGCAGCCGGGCAGGGACUACGUGUAGGACCGCCGGUCGGCCGGCCUCCGCUCAGGCAGGGUUUGAUGGGAGUGUAUCUCAAACGUUCGAUGUUUAACGGCGUGUGUGUUCUGCAGGUGUGAAAGGUUGUUGUGUGUUAAUAUUUGUCAGCAAACUGCUAAAGUUUUCAUGUUGUCAGAGCCAGAGCUUUUCUCACAAAACAGUUUUCAAAGUAGAAUCUACUGUCAAAUACUGUGCUGCAUUUACUGCUGUAAAUUCCAACUGAGGCAGUGAUCUACCAAUCUAAACCAUCAGUAAGUAUUUUAAAAGACAGAUCUGAGAAAAUGUUGGGUUUCUUUUUCUACAGUUUUUACAAUAAUGUUCAUUUUAGUGUAAAUCUGCACUGAGAAAUAUGAGUUUAUAAUCAUUCGGUUUUGUUUUUUAUUGUUUUGUAAUGUAAGGAAUAAAAUCAAUGUCAUUUCUUUGUGCGAAAAAUGUUCAUGUUUUUUGUAAAUUAAACCAACUACAGCAAAAGAAACGGGUGUAACUUGGUG